AUGGGUCUGUUCGACAAGCUCCAAGCAAAAAUCGAACUGUACCGCCUAGAGCAGAAGUACGCCCGUCGCAAGAACAAGACCAGCUAUACCACGGGCGCUCAAUAUGUGGAUGGCGAAUACAUCUACUCGGAUCAAUCCAGUCCCACGGUGUCGGCCAACUCGACGGGAGGAUCACACCGAUCGAAGAGACAGACUGUGCUGUGGACGCCGACUCAGCAUCGGAGAUGA